AGGAAAUCUUGACAUAAACACACAGCCACAGAACAAGUUAAUUUUCUUAUGUCUUAGGGUUGAGCUUCCAAAAACACAGAUCAAGUAUUCCUCCUUCAUUUUCUUUUGGCUCUUAUCAACAAAACACCCUUGGACUCAGAAAGGAGACUCACUAAGGACAGAGACAGGGAGGAGGAGAGGAGGAAGAAGAAAGAGACAGUGAGGAGGAGAGGAAAGGAAGAAAGAGAAAAGGAGGAAGAAUGAAUUCAUCCACAUCACCAGCAUCACAAAGCACAGAGAGAAGAUGCUUUUCUUCCCAGCUAUUCUCAUGGGCCAUUGCUGGCACCUCCAUCCUGCUCCUGAGUGCCUGUUUUAUCACCAGAUGUGUUGUGACAUAUGGCAUCUUUCAACUAUGUGAUGAGAAAAAGUUCCAGCCACCUGGGGAUUCCAUGGAACUCUCCUGCUAUAAUGAUGGAUCAGGUUCAGUCAAGAAUUGCUGUCCACUGAACUGGGUCCAUUUUCAAUCCAGCUGCUACUUCUUUUCUGCUGACACCAUGUCCUGGGCAGCAAGUCUAAAAAACUGCUCGAGCAUGGGUGCUCACCUGGUGAUUAUCAACACGCAGGAGGAGCAGGAAUUCCUUUACCAUGCAAAACCUAGAAAGAAAGAGUUUUAUAUUGGACUGACGGACCAGGUGGUUGAGGGUCACUGGCAAUGGGUAGAUGGUACACCUCUCACAAAGUCUCUGAGCUUCUGGGAUGCAGGGGAGCCCAACAACCUGGCUGCUGUGGAGGACUGCGCCACCAUAAGGGACUCCUCAAAUCCAAGGCAAAACUGGAACGAUAUGACCUGUUUCUUCAGUAUGUUUCGGGUUUGCGAAAUGCCAGAGAGAAAGAUUUGAGAAAAGAAAAAUCUUCAAGACACGAGGCACAACCCUAAAAUGCAUAAAUGAGAAAGAACAAGUGAUAAUCAUAACCACACAACUCCAACAUGAGAAAAGCAUGCAUUGCACUUCUUUAGGACUUCAUAAAUGUUUGUUGCUUUGAUAUAAAUAAAAAAUAAGUCAUUUUGAAGGUUAUAAUUCA